CACCAGCUGAUCGGAGCACGUCCAGAUCCGUCAUUAUUGUCGAUUUCUAAUGUAGUGAAUGUGAAGAAGAACUGUAGCGGCCAGGCUCACACGCUGCUGCCCUUCAGCGAGAAGCUGCUGUCCGUGCAGCGGACAGCGAAAGCCUCUUAGUUUUGGUUGAUACAUCAUCGAGGCCUACCAGGGAUGCUAAGCUAAGUAGUGAGCUGUCACCGUUAGCACGGUAAACUGUUGGCGAAAGAAGCGAACGGUCAGGGAAUAUCUUCCCAGCUAUACAGCUAUUUUUGUCUCAUGUAAAUGUAUCGAAAGUCUGUAUUGGGAAGUCUAUGAAAACCUGUUUUGUGAGCACAGACAACCUCUGACAGACCUUCUCUGAGCGUUUUUAUUCAGCCAAAACAUGUGGUUGAAACUGUUUUUCUUGCUCUUGUAUUUCAUAGUGUUGUUUAUGUUAGCGAGGAUUUUUGAGGCAGUAGUGUGGUAUGAGACUGGUAUGUUCGCUACGCAGCUUGUCGAUCCAGUUACACUCAGUUACAAGAAGUUAAAGACCAUCCUGGAAUGCCGAGGGCUGGGGUACUCCGGGCUGGCUGAGAAGAAGGAUGUGAGCGAGCUGGUAGAAAAAUCAGGAGAGUUGACACAGGGGGAGCUGUACUCUGCCAUAAAGACAGAGAAGGAGCAGACAGAGGCAGGAGAUUCCAGUACCACACACUUCAGUGGAGAGAUGCACUUUUAUGAAUUAGUGGAGGACACUAAAGAUGGGAUCUGGUUAGUUCAGGUCAUUGCUCGGGACCGUGAGGCUCUGCUUAGUCAGUCCAACUGGGGGAAGAUGGUACAGAAGGUGUCUCAGUUUGGUAUCAGAACUGGAACCUUCAACUGCUCCAGUGACUACAGGUCAUGUAUCAAGCGUGGCUGGCAGCACUCCACUCUCAUCAUGUCUGUUCCCCAAACUUCAGCAUCAAAGGGCAAAGUCAUGCUUAAAGAAUACAAUGGUCGUCGGGUUGAGAUUGAACACAUCUUCCGUUGGAUGACCUCACAUGUGGCUCAUCGCAUCAAAACCCUGCAUCAUUCUGAGCAGUUAAAGGAAGAAUGGCGUUCUGACCCAGCUCACCCAGUAAAGAUGUUUCUGUUUGCCCGUCUGUCCCAGCCACCUGCCUUUUUCUCCUCCCUGUCUGUCAAGUUCACUGGCAGGAUUGAGUUCAUCUUUGUGGAUGUACGUCACUGGGACAACCACACCAGCCUAUCAGAGAUUGGUGUGACACAGAGCCCGGCCUACAUCCUUAAGAUGCCUGAGGGCAUAUAUCGCUAUGGCAACAGCACUGGGGAGUUCCUGUCCCUUUCUGCCAUGGAUACUUUCCUGCGUUCAGUCCAGCCAGAGGUCAAUGAUCUGUUUGUUCUCAGUUUGGUCCUCAUCAACUUGCUGGCCUGGAUGGACCUCUUCAUUACACAGGGAGCGACGGUGAAACGAUUUGUAGUUCUGAUCCGAACACUUGGAACCUACAACUCCAUACUGCUGGUUUCCUGGCUUCCAGUUCUGGCUCUCCUUCAGCUGCCCUACCUGGACACUCUGUAUGGUUACAGUCUGAAGCUGCUUCGUUAUGCUGACACCACCACAAUAGCCAGCCUAGUGAGAGCUGACUGGACCUUCUAUUCAUCCCACCCAGCUCUCUUCCUGUCCACCUACCUAGCCCAUGGCCUACUAGUAGACUACUUUGAGAAGAAACGCCGCUGUGGCACCAGGAACCAAGAAGACAGCAGUACCAACCUGGAGUGGCUGGCUAGUCUGUGGGACUGGUACACUUCCUAUCUGCUCCAUCCAAUUGCAUCACUACAGCAGUUUCCAUCUGACCACUCAGAAUGGGAGGAUGAUCCUAACUUCUUAUUCGAGCGUUUGGCUUUUCCUGAUCUCUGGCUUCAUCCAUUAGUAAACAUGGAUUACAUUAAAACACUGCCAACCUGGAGGCUCAGAGCAGCUGGUCAGCACAGGGGGUGUUGUGGAAAGGUGGAUGAAGAAACACAUAGCCAACAUUCAGACAAAGAGAGUAAUGAACCGCUACACGGUAGCAACAGCCCCAAGAGAUCACUAUGUAGUGUGGAGUUCAACUUACAACUCUCUGUGUCCAGCGACAUGGAUGCCAGCGGCAGCUGUCAGUGUGCGUGUGCUGCUGCUGUAUCAUCUUUCUGCUGUCAUAGGAAUGCAAGCUCCCUGCCAGCCGACCGGGUACUGGAGGACAACUGCCUCAUACUUGACGGUGUCUCUAACCAUCAGCACUGUGAUUGGUCGAUGUGGCCCUGUGACAUGCUUCAGUGUUCAGAAUGUGUGGUUUGUUUGGAGACCUUUGUGACUGAGGAGAUACUGAUGGGUCUGCCCUGUGGCCAUGCUUUCCAUCAGCAGUGCAUUGUGGUGUGGCUGGCAGCAGGUAGACACUGCUGCCCAGUAUGUCGCUGGCCUAGCUACAAAAAGAAACCGCAGAGAGCUGCACAAAGCAGCUCUACUGAAAACACAGUACAGGACUAAUCAGAUGCUGAAUGCUUCUCAUCUUCAUGUCUCUCUUCAGACUCACUGGGUAAUUUAAACUGUGUCUUACCAUCAAGAAUAAUUAAGAAGGAAACACGGUCAGUAAAUGUAAUUACGGCUUCUGUUAUUAUGAGCCAUUUGUAAUCUUUACUUCCAUUCCUGUUGAUGGCCACAAUGACAGCUGAAACUAUCAAAGCCACAGUCACAGUCAAAGUCACAGUGCUUUUUGUCUAGACAGGAUAUUGAUUCUCACAGUAACCAUACAUGUAGCCACAAUUAACAAUGUAGUGCAGUGAAAACAUUUCUAAUUUUACCUUUCUCAAGUCUUAAAGUUUGGCUGUUGUCAAACUGAGAGGAAAAUGUUAUCUAUUCAGCCCAAUAAUAACCCUCCCAAUUAGAUUUCUUUCAAGGGCAGGACAAGAAGUGACUUGUCAGAACACAUUAAUAUACAAACAUAAUGUACACUUUGUGCUCCAUCCUAUAUCAUGGCCAUCUUACAGAUCCAAAAAAAAAAAAAGCCCUUGCUUUGUGUUUGCAUUGUAAAUUUAAUUUUGUUAUGAACUGGAUAAAAAUGAAGUGCAAUUCAAAUGGGUAAAUUGGAUGUGAAAAUAUUGUGGAGCCUAUCUAUAAACACUGUCAGUUUCCCCCAGAAACCUUUAGAAUUAUUUUGCUGACACUUUGUUUCAUAGCUGGUCAAUAAUAGCUGGCAGAGCUCAUUCCUCUCUAUUGCAGUACUUCAGCGGCGACUUCUAAGGAACCUUGUAUACAGGUUAUGGCCAUAGUGUGCAUACGUUUUACAGAAUAACCUUCUUUCUUCUAACCAGUCAACUAUUAUGAUGUACAUUUAAUCUCACUGGAUCAUGUUGGUGGAACAUCCCUGAAAUCAGAAGGUGGGAUUAUUUUUUUAAUCAGAAAAUGGAGCUUUGAUGUUUCUAAGCUGAUUCAGAAUAUUGGUCCUGCCAAUUGUAGGCUGUUAUCCAUUGUAAAGUGCCUCACUGGCAUUGUUUGCCUGCACCUUUAAUUUUCUUUUUGAUGCUGUAUCUUUAUGGUCUCUGAAUACUAAACCAAACUAAAUGUCACUUGUCACAAAAUUGGGCUUCAUAUGCGUGAGGAUUAAAUUAAGGUUCAUCUGCAUGCUUCAAACACAAAUUGUUUUUGGAAUAAACCAUGUGGGUAAUAUGAUGCAUACUGACUGUGAGCACCAGAAACACUGUUAACAUGGUGGCUGUGACUGUGAUCAGAGUAAAUGGCACAGGUGAUGUACAGCAGCACCCAAAACAGUCACUUUUCGUUUUCCUAGCUAAAAGCUAGUAGAUUAUAUUGUUAUGAGACUAUAUGAUCUGCAUCGUCAGUGAGUUGUUAGACCAUACUGUCUCCAAAAAUGUGAUAUUUUUUAUUACAUUUUAUUUUGUGACAGAUAUGCACUGAUCAGCUGGAACAUUGAAACCAUCUAUGUAAUAUUCCUUAGAUUCCUCUUUCACUCCUAAAAGCUCUGACACUUCUGCUUGCUCCAGUGCAUCCUGUGAAUGCUCAAUGGUGACUGGGAUAUUGGGAGUUUGGAGGCUGGAUCAGUGCUUUGAUCUGAGCAAUUUUUGGUGUCAAGCGUUGUCCUGCUAGUUUAGGCUGCUCCCAUCUGGGGCUGGCAUGAUGGUGGGUUGUCUAGGUCUGCAACAGUGCUUAGGUGGAUGAUACCUAUAUCCACAUGAAUGCAUGCAAGGUUUCCAGGCAAAUACUGCAUUGUAAUUAAAAGAUCACAUUUCCCCUCUCAGUGGUUUAAUGUAGUGGUUAAUCAGUGAAAACACUUGCCAGAAUUGCUCAUAAUGGCCUUUGUUGUAGUUCAAGCUUAAGUAUCUUCAGGCCCAUAUUUGGCCAUGGUUGUUACACAAGGGUUAAACAAUACCAACUAAACUUUUUGCUGCUGGUCACAAAACACAUGUAAAGCUGCACUAACUGAUAACUGUUUUUAACAGUGGGUCAAAUGACUCAUAGCAUGAAAUUUAACAGUGUUAUCUUUAACUGUUAAUCACCAAGUGUGCAGCACAUUUUAACCUCUUGUUUUUUUGCUUGUUCAAGUAAAACUUGUUUUUUGUUCACUUAAUUUCCAGUUGCAGGAAGCAGUUUUAAUAAACCCCUGCGAACAUGAGCUGGUGAGCCCAGUGGAGUAUUAAGCAGCUAAAUAGAGAACUCCAUCAGGACUUAGACAAGACAAAACCGGUGCUAAAGAGGUGAUAUUAUUCUGUAAUGUGGAGUCAUAAAACCCAGUGGGAUUAUUUAAUCACUGCAGCACAAUUACAGACUUCAAAAUGUAGUAUGUGUUAUGGCAUGCAUCCCACCCACACCUCUGUGAAGCGGAAAAGUACCUGGACAGAAUACUUCCUGUGGCUUUUGGCAGCCUUGAUGAAAAGUGGAGAAGUAAUUGAGACAAUGAGAUAUAAAUUUAACAAAGUGCAUAUCAUGUAUGAAAUGAGAAAAUUCCAAAUCUUUGGUCAUGUUGCAUGGAAGAUUCCCUCUUAAUUCUUAAAGGCUUUGAUCAGCAUGCAGGGGUUUAUUUUUCUUUCAUUAUACCUUUUGACUUCAAGUAAUUGAGCUGCAGCCAUUCACUCACCUGUGGUCUGAUGGCAUUUAUGAGCAGCUUGUCAUAGUAAGCAUACAGUUCAGUUAGCUGUCAUGGCUAUCCCCAUAGAAGGAACACGCAGCACUAACACUGAGAAUAUUUGAACCUGUUUAACUGGUUUAUUAAAAUGUAAUCAAGCGAUCAUUUGAGAUUUGGAAUUGGAGGCUUUGCCUAAACACAUCAGGAUGAAACAUACUUUUAGACCUUCACUUAGUAAGUGCACAUGUCACCCAGCUAAGGAUGCCAAGAGUCUGUACUGUGUGACCUUUGGUUUAAUUUACAAUUUAGCUUGAAACUCUCACAUGCCAGUGAUGUCAUAUCUAAAAUGUUUCCAGUAGAGCCUACUAGCAAAUUAUUACUGGCAUUAUUUCCAAACAUCCUAAUCUUUAAAGCGUGCUUAACCAUAAUCUUUCAGCUUAUCUCUGUCCUCUUUCUCCAUGCUAAGGACAAGACAAAAUAUACAUGUAGAGCAGUAACAAUCAGAAGAUUAAAGAUGUGUUUCAGA